ACCACCUUGACCUCAAAGAUUAUAGUCAGUUUGAUAUACAUAUAUUUGUUUAUAGAGUAUUACAUAAAUUAUUAUUAAAAUAUUUAUCUAAAUAUAAUCAUAUUUUCUCCGAGGUGCUUCUGAAGGCACCAUUGUUUUUCAGCAACGUGUCGCGUGACUGUAAGAUGUUGUACUGCGGUAGCAAAUGUGAAAUAACGUCGCUUUUAUUAUGAUGUUUUUUUUUUUUUGUAGGUCGUUUGUACACUGAUAUUGACAACUAUUGACAACACUGACAAGGUUAGCUCAGCAGCUAGCUUAAGAAAGCAAGCCAACAGAGCCCGAACACUUUGCUGGUUUAAAGUUAGUUUGAGUAAUAAACGUCGUGUGCCAGGUGCGUUAUGGGCAUGGACACACGAAUAGAGUGCAUAUUCUUUAGCGAGUUCCACCCGACUUUGGGUCCCAAAAUAACAUAUCAGCAGGCCUGAUGAUGAUAAGCGGUAAAGAAAAUGGAUGGAUGGUUGCACAAGUGUGCACAUCCUCUUAUAACAAGGGAUGUGGCUGUGUUCAGAAUUAACCAAUCACAUUCAAACUCGUGUUCAAUGGGAGUCACCACACACCAGACAUCAUUUAAAGUGCCUCUGAUUAACCCCAAAUAAAGUUCAGCUGUUCUGGUAUGCUUAGUCGGAAAAAGCUUUGAAAUUAUUUAUUUUGUACAUAUUUCCUAUAUCACAAAACCUGGCAUUUGAACAGGGGUCCCGGAAGAAUACAUUUCACGGGAACUCUUUGACACAGUUCAGGUUUAUAUUAUCACCAAACAGGAGCUGCAGAACAAAUUAAUAACAGUCACUGCGAUGGGCAAAAAGUUAAUUGGAUGUCCGGUGUGCAUUGAACACAAGAAGUACAGCCGCAACGCCCUCCUGUUUAAUCUGGGCUUUGUUUGUGAUGCGCAAACCAACACGUGUGCCCUCGAGCCGAUCGUCAAGAAGCUCUCUGGAUACCUUACCACAUUGGAGCUGGAGAGUGGAUUCAUAUCCACUGAGCAGAGCAAACAGAAACUCCUGCCUAUCAUGUCGACGUUGUUGGAAGAGCUCAACGCUACGGGUGCCUGCACCUUACCCAUAGACGAAUCCAACACCAUCCACUUGAAACUGAUCCCGCUGCGGAAGGAUCCCCCGGUCGUCCAGGAGUACGACGUUCCGGUGUUCACUCAGAGCAAAGACCACUUUAUUAAGUCUCAGUGGGAUCUCACCACGCAGCAGAUUCUGCCCUACAUCGACGGCUUUCGACAUGUGCAAAAAAUCUCUGCCGAAGCCGACGUGGAGUUGAAUAUAGUUCGUAUUGCUGUGCAAAAUCUUCUGUAUUAUGAUAUCGUGACCUUGGUGUCCAUAUUCCAGUACUCCAAUGUGUACUGUACCACCCCCAAAGUACAGAGCCUGAUCGAUGACAAACUUAUCCAGGAGGAGUGUCUCAACUAUGUCACUAAGCAAGGUCAGAAGCGUCCGAGUGUAAGAGACGUGUUCCAGCUCUACUGCGGUCUGAGUCCUGGAACCACCGUCCGUGACCUUUGUUCCCGCUACUCGCAGCAGCUGCAGAGGGUUGAUGAGAGAAGGCUGAUUCAAUUCGGCCUCAUGAAGUCUCUCAUACGACGGCUACAAAAGUACCCUGUCAAGAUGAUACGUGACGAGAAGAGCAGGCCCCCUCGCCUCUACACGGGCUGGCACAGCUAUGAUGAGAUCUGCUGCAAGACGGGCGUCAGCUACAAGGAGCUGGAUGAACGGUUGGAAAAUGACCCCAACAUUGUUGUGUGCUGGAAGUGACGUUGUUUGUGCAAUGAAAGAGACAAAAGAGAGAUGAAAUGGCCCAACCAAAGAUGUUUUCUACUAGACAGUCGUCAAAGGAAGUAUUUGUUUGAUUGUUCAUUUACAUUAAAGGUCCCAUGCUAUCGGAAUCCUUUUUUUUAUUUUUUUAUUUUUGUAAUAUAAACUGUUUGAUGCAUAACACAGGCCAAAAUUAGUCUGUGACCCGGUUUAAGUUUGACAUUUAUGCAGUUUGUUGAUUAAAUGCAAAAGACACAUCAGGCUUGAAAGAAGAUUGGGUUUGUGUGUGUGUGUGUGUUUUAAAUUAUUUAAAAAAAAAACGCAAAACAGAAAAGAACAUUUUUGUUUUUGUUGUUAUUCAAAUGAAAAUAAAACUCAAGAUGUGCUUUUGAAAAUGCAAAUACACAAA